CGUCAUAUUCCAACUCAAAUCAAGGACAUAGCGCUAGAACUUUGGACUCUAGGAUGGGAGCUGAGCGACAUCUGCCAUAUCUUUCACGUUUCACCUAGCAGCCUCUACCGCUGGCGUAACCUUUUCGAAACAUUCGGGACACCUGCAAAUCGACCGGCACCCUUCCGUGGACGUCCACGUAUUGUUAGCCUUGCGGCCCUUGACGCCAUCCAUGUCCUUCUGAAAUCCCAUCCUGAUACCUAUCUUGGCGAGCUACAGUGGUACCUAGCAAUUCAUCAUGAUCUUCCUAUAUCCAUCUCUGCACUCCAACAGAAUCUUGUCAGAGCUGGACUGACUCGUAAAGUUCUCCACACGAUUGCCUUGGAACGGGAUGAGCAGCGUCGGGCUGUAUAUCUAGCAGGAAGGACAUUUGGUCGCCACUACGGUCGCUCACCAAUUGGCCAAGAGGCAGAUUUGGGAGAUGUAUUUGUCCGAGGCGAGCGGUAUUCGCUGAUUGCGGCUAUGUCAAUUGAUGGAUAUAUUGCAACGCGGGUACAACCAGGGUCCUUCGACUCAUUUGGUUUCUUUGAUUUCAUCAUUGAAGAUGUUCUACCGCUUAUGAACCCGUACCCAGAGAAGCAGAGCGUAUUAGUUAUGGACAACUGCAGGAUUCAUCAUACCGACACCUUGAUUGAUGUACUCAAUGCGUCUCGUAAGUCUCUCGCAAAGUCACCAAAGAUUUCUCUGAUCUAUCCAGAUGUUAUGAUAUUGUAUCUUCCUCCU